AUGAAUUACGGCCAUACAAUUUUGUAUAGUUUAUCAAGUAAAUGGGAAAUACCAAAAGGACCAACCAUAAAUGAAGAUGACUAUCGAUUUCAUCGGCUGCUAAAAUUAGGUCUUGUUGAUAAGAUAUUUUCAUUAGCAUCAGAUGGAGCCUCGGUUAUGAUGAGAAAUAAAUCAGAUGUAGCUACCAGAUUAUCUCAAGAAACAAGCAUCUGGUUGUGA